AUGGAUGUUACAGAAUCCAAUAAUAGAAGUGGUGACAUGGGCGCCAGUGGCAGCCAGAAACGUGGCCCACCCUCACCAGGUGGUCAGGUGGCAAAGGAGCCCCGCACCAAGGAAUCUAACGAAAUGAGCGAUCUUAUUGGCUGGAUCGAGCAAACAGUAAUCCAAGAAAAGGACAAGAAAAAGAUAGGCGUGCAGGUGGUGGAAAAAAUGCUCGCCAAAAUAAACAGACUGAGGUCGGUGACUCAGAGACUUGCACAAGAAAAUCACAGACUAGCUGGUGAGCUGAAGGGCAAGGACGAGGCCCUCCAACAAAGCCUCACGGUAUUUAUUGAUAAGCUUGACGCAAAAAACGCUGAGACUAGCGGCCUGAGGGCCGAGUUGAACGUGUUGAAGUCUACCAGGGAAGCACCACGUCCGGUAACGACUCAACAGCCCACCUACGCCUCUAAGACGGCGAGGACAGUCCCAAAUACAGAACCUAGGACGAUAGCGGUGCCAGACACUGCAAGCGUACCCCCGGCGAAGUCCAACAGGGCGGCUGAGAGGUUCCGCGCCGACAAGAGUAGAAAGGUAAAGGCGACAUCACGCUUCCUAAUAGAAAUAGCACAAGACACGACUGUAGCUAGCGCCAAAGCGGAAAUUUGGCAGAGGGUAAGGGCGAAGUGUAAAAACCCGAAGGCCAAAACAAUAGUAAGCGGUAAAACGUUGAUAAUCAUCCCUGAUGACGCCAAUACGUUGGAGGUGAUGAGGGGUAUUGACAAUGUGUUAGAACUAGGCCCGAAGAAGCCCCGCGUCAUUAUAUAUGACGUCGACGGUGGAGUUACAAAAGAAGAGCUGACAGAGUGUCUCUUGGUGCAAAACUCCGAGCUAGGUAUUACGGCGGAAGACGUAGAAAACACGACGCCACUUCACAAGUUGGGCCCGCGCAACAGUGAUGUGGUCCACUGGGUGGUGGAAGUACCCCCGGGCGUCCUUGCCAAGAUUGAAAAUAAGUCAAUUUAUAUUGGAAUGACAAGGUGCAGAUGCAAAGUGCACAGCUCGCUGCCGCAAUGCUUUAAUUGUCAGCAGUAUGGGCACACGGCCAUAAGAUGUGAGCAGAAAUCGCCUACAUGUAGGAACUGCGCGGGGGCACAUGACUCCCGCGAGUGCAAAGAAGAUACGGUGAAGUGCGCGAACUGUAAAGGGCCACACAAAGCGUCCAAUGGAACAUGCAGAGCUAGGACUCAGGCUACACGUAGCCUUUUAAGGCGUACGGACUUCGGCUCGAAAUGA